GUCGAAUUCACAUCCGGGUGAAAUGUAUUGACCAAUCAGAGCGAGAGAUUUACCUCUAGUCCCGCCCUUCCAUAAGCUAGCUAAAAGUCAACACAGAAGAAGUCAGUUUGUCUCUGGAGGAACCUAAGGUUACAACCUGUAACUAUCUGGGAAUAUAACAUUAUAAACUCCUCAUCCUACAUCAAGAUGAGUGAUCCCUGGCAGGAGUGCAUGGAUCACUGUGUGGAGGUCACCAAACAGGCUGGAAAGAUGAUCCGCGAGGCGCUCCAGAAGGACAUCGCCGUCAUGCACAAGAGCUCACCGGUUGACCUGGUGACCGAGACGGACCAGAAAGUAGAACAGCUCAUUAUAUCCUCCAUCAAGGAAAAGUACCCGACUCACAGCUUCAUAGGUGAGGAGUCGGUAGCAGCAGGUGCUCCCAGCGUUCUAACUGACGAUCCCACUUGGAUCAUCGACCCGAUUGAUGGUACCACCAACUUUGUUCACAGGUUCCCAUUUGUGUCUGUAUCAAUUGGCUUCACUGUGAAGAAAGUGAUAGAGUUCGGGAUUGUCUACAGCUGCAUCGAGGACAAAAUGUACACAGCACGGAAAGGGAAAGGAGCAUUCUGCAAUGGAGAGCCAAUCAAAGUGUCUGGACAAGAGGACAUUAGCCAAUCUCUGGUACUGACAGAAAUGGGCUUCAAAAAGGAUCCUGAGCAUUUCAAAACAAUGAUGGCCAACAUCAGGACCAUCCUCACCAUCCCUGUGCACGGUAUCCGCUCCCCGGGCAGCGCAGCUGUCAACAUGUGCCUGGUAGCGUGCGGAUCGGCUGAUGCUUACUACCACAUGGGCAUCCACUGCUGGGACAUGGCUGGAGGGGCAGCGGUUGUUACCGAAGCUGGAGGAGUUAUCAUGGACAUUUCAGGUGGACCGUUUGAUCUGAUGUCUCGGAGGCUGAUCAUCGCCAGCAGCAAAGCAAUAGCAGAACGCAUCGCUAAGGAGAUAACAGAGUUUCACGUCGGCAGGGACGACACAGAUGGCUAGUAAAGUUUCAUCAUCUCCUCUACCAGCUUAACAGUUAUUUAAUUACCCGACUGUUUUGUAUUUAACAAGUCACGAUUCCGUCUUUGCCUUAAGAACCAAAACGAUAAACUUACCUCUGAAGAACUAUCCUCUGAAGUUUGUUAGUCAGCGUUUAAGACUUUCAGCCUUCUUUCUGUUUUCUUUAUUGUUGUGCUUCUGCACUUAGCCAUUCACAGAUUGAGAUUUUGUAUUGUGUUGUAGCUUGUUUAGUCAGUAAUUAUGCCUGUGUCCUAAUACACACUUGUUUUUAGUUAUUUUGUAUUAUUUAUAUUUAUUUGGACAAUCAAGAGAUCAGAACAAAAUCAUUUCAUUGAUAAAGUACCUCCAUAUAACACCAUAGCAGUAAUUUUAGUAUAUAAUCAUGUUUUGACCAAUAAUUUUGAUUUUCUAGGUGUGAUUUUAUCUUAGGUUAUUGUAUCUAGUUAAAUUUAUUUAAAGAUACAUUUGUUUACACAGUAAGUAAAUUCAUUUCAGUGCCAUCACUAGUUUGCACUACACCAAACACACGUCUACACAUAACUACUGUACUGUAUAACUUCUUAAUUAAGUCCAAAACACAGAGGGUGUUCUUGAAAAUGUGUUAAAAGUGUUUUAAUAUUAAAGGAUCAGUGUAGGAGCCAGAUGGUGUAUCAGGUCUCCUGGGUAUAAAUGUAUAAGUAGGUAAGUUUUUGACCGCCGAGGCAGCACGUUGCUGCAGUAGUAACUUGUUUGUUUGUUGCUAUUGGAGUGAACGUGUAAUCGAGUUAAUGGAUAAGCUGCAUAGAAAAAAUAAACCAAUGGAGUGUUAAAGUA